GACUGUCGAGUCAACACACCUGACAGGUACUCGCUCGUCGACGACACCGAAGUUAGGGUUAGCAUUUGGCAAAGCAAGAAUAUAUCAAAUAGGUAACCUCAAGAUACCUCAAAAUGGAAAUCGGCGAGGUGAGGGUGGCGGAAGAUGCCGAUUUCAGAAAACUUCAAACGAUGUGUGACGAUCAUUCUGACUGGAAACUAGAAAUCAAUAAACAGAGCACGACGGUGUGGACGAAAACAAACGAUGUGUCAAAUUUCAAAAUGGUUAAGGUUCGCACAAUAUUUGACGACAUUGAUGCCUCAACAUUGUAUGAUGUCCUUCACGAUCCACUGUACAGGAAGACUUGGGAUCAAACAAUGCUGGAAGGCUACGAGAUCUGCGUCAUUAACCCUUUCAAUGACAUUGGCUACUAUGCAAUUCGGUGCCCCCCUCCAGUGAGGAACCGAGACUUUGUAACCCAACGGUCGUGGCUGGACACUGGUGCAGAGCUGUAUAUCUUCAACCAUUCCGUCAACCAUGAGAAAUGCCCACCAAGAAAAGGUUUCAUCCGAGGUAUUUCAUAUUUCACGGGUUACAUGAUUCGUAAGCUGGAUAACGACAGAUGUCAGCUGACCUACAUCUCCCAGUCAGAUCCUAAAGGCAAGCUGCCAUCCUGGGCUGUGAACAAGCUGACACACAUGCUGGCCCCAAAGGUUGUGAGCCGGAUCUACAAAGCUUGUAAGAAAUAUAAAGACUGGAAGAGCAAGAACAACCCUCACUUCAAACCUUGGCUCAACGCUGAGCAGAUGAUGAGUAAUUUGCCCCGUCUUGACCCUGCCGCCAUCAAGCCCAUCAAUGCCGGUAUUUCCCAGGAGUCUCUUGAUGAGGAAGAAGACAUAAACGAGGAAGAUAUACGAAUGGAAGAUUUUUAGCUUUAGUUGUAGUCAGAGUGUUGUAUUAUAUCAAUGACUGGGACCAAGGGUAAAUCUGAGGGACAAUAUCACCAACAUCUUGUAAACUGGUAUGCGUUGUCUAUAAAAUAUGGACAGUUGCCUUGUUUACUGUUUACAGACACUGGCCUGGUCUAAACCACAGACAACAGGCAUCUGCUGAUGACAUAUAAGAUCAAUGACCAAUUCCAAGAAGAGAAAAUAUGAAGCAAAUUUUAGCAGAACCUAAUAUUUAGGGCAUGUUAAAGGUUGAAUACUCACUUCUUGGCGGGUCUUGAUUUCAAUAGUGAUGUUUUACAUUUUACUGAUCAAGAUCUGAUCUGAUCUGCUUUUGUUGGCAUAUGCUGUUGUCUGAAGAUCCUAAGUGACAAUGACACCUGUCAUCAUUAUUGGCACCUGUCAUUGUCUGUGAAGAUCCUAAGUGACAAUGGCACCUGUCAUCAUUAUUGGCACCUGUCAUUGUCCAUGAAGAUCCUGAGUGACAAUGGCACCUGUCAUCAUUAUUGGCACCUGUCAUUGUCCAUGAAGAUCCUGAGUGACAAUGGCACCUGUCAUCAAUACUGGCACCUGUCAUUGUCCAUGGAGAUCCUGAGUGACAAUGGCACCUGUCAUCAUUAUUGGCACCUGUCAUUGUCCAUGAAGAUCCUAAGUGACAAUGGCACCUGUCGUCAUUAUUGGCACCUGUCAUUGUCCAUGAAGAUCCUGAGUGACAAUGGCACCUGUCAUCAUUAUUGGCACCUGUCAUUGUCCAUGAAGAUCCUGAGUGACAAUGGUACCUGUCAUCAAUACUGGCACCUGUCAUUGUCUGUGAAGAUCCUAAGUGACAAUGGCACCUGUCAUCAUUAUUGGCACCUGUCAUUGUCCAUGAAGAUCCUAGGUGACAAUGGCACCUGUCAUUGUCCAUGAAGAUCCUGAGUGACAAUGGUACCUGUCAUCAUUAUUGGCAUCUGUCAUUGUAUGUGAAGAUCCUGAGUGACAAUGGCACCUGUCAUCAUUAUUGGCACCUGUCAUUGUCUGUGUAGACCAGGGUAGGUUCAACAUGCUGUCUGUUUUCUUCUCUCUCUAUAGUUCUCCUACUUUCAUAGCAAUAAGGGGGAAAGGUUUGGGUUGUAGAAUAUGUUUUAAAGAGUUAUCACAUGACAUACCAUAGUUCAGAAAUUGAUAAUCCUUGGGUUUCUUUAAUAUUAUCCAAAAGGUUGGUUUUCUCAAGGAAAGCUACAAGAAGAUGCUGAACAUCUAGCUACUAAACAUUAUUUUGGUUCUCAGGCAGUGGCAAAAGCACCCACAUAAAUAAACCUUUUUACUCUAAUUAACACACAUUUGCUAAUUAGGUCACCUUACUGUAAACACUAAUCAUUCUUUAGUCAUUGCCUGAGAAUCAUUUUUUUUUAAUUCAAAUGUAUAAUAGAUUAUAUACCAUGCACUUAAAUUAAGUGAAAAUUCAAAUUUUAUUUGUCAAAUUUUCAUAGGGAUUUUUAAUAGGGACACACCAUUUAAUAUUUUGGGAGCGCUGCCUUUGUUAGCAACAAGCUAUUUGUGUGGUCACUGCUUCGGAAGACUCAAUUAUUUUCUUUGAAAAGGGGAGCUGAAAAAGUUAAUUCUUUUUUUUCAGGACAUCAGCAUGGAUCUAUUUUGGGUGGUAAAGCCUGGGGACAAAUUAUUGUCUGGAACAAAUUAUUAUUUGAUAAGAAUUCAGAGGCUCCUCCAGAAUAUGAAAUGGUUGGUCCCUUUGAGACCACUAGAGAAAAUAUUUUCCUCAUCCACAAGUAUUAAAUCAUGUUUUCAUUUAGAUGUGAAUCUAUGGAAAAUGUAAUAUUACAUAUAUUGAUGUAAACAAAAAUAGUUGUUUACGUGCAUGACAGAAGGUCAUGAAAUGGGUUAUAAAUGGACUUCUGUUUUGAAUUCAAUGCCAGCUUUGGUGAAAGAGUUUUGUUAUAACCUCCCAGUUGCUUGUUAGGAGUAUUCUCUGUCUUCUCUACAAUGUACAUGUAUCCACCAGGGAUACGCCUCGUGACGUGAUCUUAACGCUACGAUCAGCGUAAGUUUAACUUUGGGAGUAGCUUCGGUCGUAGUGCUAAGAUCACUUUAUGGACAAGGCCCAGGUCAUAUUGGGUUGGACAAAGUUUAUUAUAGCUGUUUAUCAUCUAAAAAAUGCCAUGUCAUCAGAAAAUAAGUGCUGUGUCAGCACAAAAAAGGCUUUGUCAUGAUAGUGUACUUGCCUUUUCAUUGUUAUUUACAGAUAAAUGUCAGCAGUAUACUUAGGCGUGUGGGUUACACCGAAGUGGUAAACGUCAAUGACCUGCACCACUUUAGGCUUCCUCGCGAAUUACGAUGACAUGCUGUAUGUUUGAAGAGAAUUUAAACCCAAUUCACUCACUAAGUCAUAGAGAAAGAGAAUUUCUUUCGCCAUACAAAACAACUAUAUAUUAAUGUUCUUAGCAGAUUACUUUAGACUAUGUAUGUUGUAUUAACCUAUCUACUGUCUCAGUCCAUUGUUUCUUUCAACUGUCUCAGUACAGCGUUUCUUUCAACUGUCCUAGACAGAUAGUAUUUAUCAAGACUUUACACCUGCCUCUUGUAAAUGUAUACCAAUUAAUAUUUAUCUGUUAGAGCCUAUUUAGGCCUAUUUGAGCCUACUUGAGUCCCAGGAAUUAUUCUGUUGUAGAAAGCCCCUGACUGAAGGUAUACAUAUUUUUGUAUGUGAGGUUAUACGUGUAAGGACGUUUCAUAUUGUGUAUUUUGCUGCCUUUUAUGCAGCUUUAAAAAUCAACAUUUGUUUACAUGUAUGUGAGUUGGUGUCUAUUAUGACUCAACUUUUGAUGCGUUUUGCAUUAACAUUUCAGAUCACAAUUGUUUCCUUGGAAUGAAUACAAACUGGAGGUGUCUAUUGUGUGCAUGGGUUGACAGUGUAUAGUGUUAUGAAUAAUAUCUUUAAGUGGCAUUUAAGAAGCUGUAGUAUCAGUGAAGAUGCAAUCUCAUUAAAUUCAGAUCUUAGUUUUCGCUACCGCUAAACAAAGAUUUGAGGACAUCUCAUUACGGGUCACUUCAGAACAACCUUUCGCAAAUUUUG